UAUUAGCGUUAGAUUGCUUGUGCGUACUGGUUUGGAGACAAACGGUUUUUUUAAUGCUAACCGGCGCAAAAAGUAGACAAUUUUUCGUCCAGUAAUCGAAUUGCUACUUAAAACCAUUUAGGUACAUUUUACCAUUGCUAAAAAUGCACAAGCAAUUUUUGACCUGGGUUUGGAUUUUGUUUUUAUCAAGAAAAGGUACUAUCCUUGCCGAAGAAACAACUACCGCAUUUCAUAUACUAGCAACAAACAGCACUGCGGAGAGCUACACUGAACCAGACUACAUCCUCACUGAAGUGGUAACGGACGGCAACAUUAACGGCAACAAUAGUAAUGAUUACGACGCGGGCUACGAUGGCUUGCUGGAAUUCAUGCAGCAAUCAAUGAUUACUUACGGCGAAGAUUUAGCCAUGGAUUGCAUGGAUGAAGCUGACGUACAGUUGCUGGUCAACAAAGAAGUUAAGAACAUGAAAGAAGAGAUACAAAUGAUCUUCAAUCUCAGCAUCGCAUUAUUCGUGUCUACACUCGUGAUCUUACUCAUUACCGUCAUCUAUUUAUGUAGAAGAUCUUCAGGCUGUUCGUCGUGUAUAAGAACAAACACAGACGGGGAAAUCAACGGCGAGGAAAUCUGUAAACCAAUACGCGAUAAUGCGACGUACAGUGAACUUACACUACCCCGUUCAUUUGCUCCAAGCCCGACAACUAGCAAUUAUCAAACCCAUCAUGUGUGAUAUGAAAGCGAAAGCAAUUGGCCUAUGUGAUGUUUUGUCGCAUCAUUUAGCUUUACUGAACUUAUUCUGUGCCGUAUUUCUUACGACAUUUAAAAUACAUACGAACUAACCUAACUAUUGGUAUAUAUAACGCUAUAACCGCGUAACGAUAUUAGUUUCCUAUUGCAAAUAUUCUUUUUAUUUUAGGAAAACACCAGAUGUAGCCUAAAUACGCUACUAAACGGUCAUAAAGGUAUAGCAUAUAACUCAGUUUCUUUGUACUUUUGUAGCACAUUUAAAAUCGUAGUUUGUACUGUUUGAAGUGCAAAAACACGUAUAUAAGAAAACUAUUCAUUUAUUGGCACAUUAAAUACUCGAAACGAUGUAUCAUCGAAACUGCAACGGUAUUUUAUGUGAGAAUUGAAAAAUAUAUAUUUGGAAGCACUGUUCUGACGUAACGAUAAUUCCCCCAAGGUGGUUUUAUUUACAUUGAAAAUUAAAAAGUUAGGACGAUAUGUGUAGGCUACUGCCUUUUACAAGGAAUAGUUUUAGGAAUAGAAUGUAGCCUGAUCCGGAAAUCACUUGCCGAUUAAUAAAAAGUAUAAAAAACAAUAGUAAGCUUCGUAAAUUCGAUAUUUUAUUUUCAGUAGGUUAUGAGUUAUUAUCGAGUUUUUGCGGUAAAACCCAUGCGGUUACUAUUAAUUAUAAAUGCUGUUGUCUUUAUGGUAUGGAUAUUUAUUCUCUUCACAAAUUUCAACAAUUCAGAAGAUAAAAUAUCCUAUAUUGAAGAAUACGAACAAAAGACUUUCGCGCUUGCACAAAGCGAGCGCAGAAUAAUAAAACUUAAACAAUCCUUAAAGAACCGUUACCCAAACGCUAUAGACUAUAUAGACGCACACGUCAAACGUGAUUUACCAACAAUUUAUGCCAUAACACCAACGUAUGCAAGAUGGACUCAAAAAGCUGAUCUAACCAGACUCGCACAGACGUUGCUUCAUGUUCCAAACUUUAGAUGGAUAGUAGUGGAGGAUUCUGACACAAAAACACCAUUAGUGACUCGAUUUUUAAAAUUCUCAGGCCUUCAAUACACUCAUUUAAAUGCAAAAACAGAUACAAACUUUAAACUAAAAUCUACAGACCCAAACUGGCUGCUGCCAAGAGGAGUUUCUCAGAGGAAUGAAGGCUUAAGAUGGAUAAGAGAAAACUUGCCUGCAAACACAGGUGGUGUUUUGUAUUUUCUUGAUGACGAUAACACAUACACACUUCAGAUAUUUGAAGAAAUGCGCUCAACUAAAGUUGCUUCUGCUUGGCCUGUAGGUCUCAGUGGUGGCUUAAAAUUUGAGGGCCCUGGAAAGUGUGAAAAUGGUAAAGUCCUAGAGUGGUACACAGCUUGGAAACCAGAGCGGCCUUUUCCAAUUGACAUGGCUGGUUUUGCGGUUCAUUUAAAGCUUUUAUUCCAACACCCAGAAGCUCAAUAUUCCAACAGUGUUCCAAGGGGUUACCUAGAGUCACAUUUUCUCACUGGGUUAAAGCUGCAGAGGCAAGACAUGGAAGCGAAAGCAAAUGAAUGUUCUGAAGUACUUGUGUGGCACACAAGGACAGAAAAACCUAAAAUGAAGCAUGAAGAAGCAUUGAUAAAGCAGGGGAAAUCAUCAAACAGUAAAAUGGAAGUUUAACAUUACGUCAAUAUACUAGAAACUAGAUCAUAUUCUUUGCAGCAUAUCUUUGAGUACAUGAAUAAAUAAAGACUAAAAUUUGUUUGCAUUUGUUUAAUAUUAUACUGCUUGUUAUACUUUUUACUACUUUCGUUAUACAGAAUUUAUAUAUUCAUUGUACUUUUAUGUUUGUGCUACAUUUUAAUGUAUUACAGUGUUUUAUAACAUCUUUGUAUCAUCAUUUUCACAAGUAUUUUUUUGUUUCUUUUUAAUGAAUGAACAUGAACAAAAAAGUUUCUAAUGGUUAGUGAUCAUACUGACCCAAUAUGGUUAAGAACCACAAAUGCAUGCUUUUUAUAUAAACACUAGUUCAGAACUAUUAAAUUUUAUGUAUUACUUAACUUGCACUAUAUAG